UGCUGCAGUAGGUGCAGGGCUUCUCAAAUCCGAAGAGAUCCUCGAAGGUGUUACAAGAGUUUCAAAUGAUCUCGAGUUCGAAGAACAGAACUUUAUCGCUUUUAUGACUGAAGCUAGACACUGACAGAGAAGGGCGAAGUUGAACGUUGCAGCGCCAACGAUCCUAUGGAACUAAGAGUCGAAAAGGCUCUUGAAGGUAUAUAUGCUUGUUGCUUCAGGAGGGGAGUUAUAGAAGAGGAAGAUGAGCAGCUUCUUCAAGUGAUGCUAACUGCGGUUUUCCCAUCGGUUGAGAGAGCUGAGAUAGAGAGAAUCAUCAAAGAGAAGGCGAUGAGAGUCGUUGAAGGAGGAGAAGAAGAGAAUCUCAUGGCUGAGCCGAAACGGCUGCCUAAAGAAGCUAUUCAGAUGCAAAUGAAAGAUCUUGAGUUCCUUCAACAACAAAACAUAGAAUCUUAA